CUGGCCUUGGAUCUUGCAAAUUAGGACGCAAACACCGAAGCAAACCAUUUAAUGACAACGUUCCAUUGCACAUUCAAUUAACCUUCUUCUCGACUGACAUGGCGCUUGCCUUCUUCUCGACCGGAGAGCUGCCUCCCGCAGUCACCGACUCGACCCUGGUUCUCAUCCCUAAGGUGGAGGUCCCGGAGAAAGUUACUCACCUCAGGCCUAUCUCUCUCAACAAUGUGUCUCUCAAGGCCAUUACGAAAGCUAUGACUAGCAGAUUGAAGCCGGUUAUGAGGAAACUAGUCUCUCCCCGGCAGAGCAGCUUCAUUCCGGGAAGACAAACGGCCGACAACAUAUUAGUCGUUCAGGAGGUUCUACAUUCUUUCAGGAAAAAAAGAGGCAAGAAGGGAGGUUUGGUGUUCAAGAUCGAUCUAGAGAAGGCGUAUGAUAGAUUGAGGUGGGAUUUCCUAAGAGACACUCUGAAGGAAGUCGGCCUUCCCAGCUCUUGGAUUAGUUGCAUCAUGUACUGUGUGGAGCAAAACAGGAUGCGGGUCCUGUGGAAUGGGGAGCUAUCUCAGCCUAUUUGCCCGUCUCGUGGAGUUAGACAGGGAGACCCUCUUUCCCCUUAUCUCUUUGUUUUGUGUAUGGAGCGUUUAUCGCAUAGAAUUGAUCUUGCUGUUAGAGAUGGACUGUGGAAGCCGGUUAAGCUCUCUGCGAAUGGCCCUCCACUGACGCAUCUUUUCUUUGCAGAUGAUCUCCUCCUGUUCGCGGAAGCAGAAAGUCACCAGAUUACUGCAAUUAGGCAAUGCCUGGAGGACUUCUGCCUCAGCUCGGGGCAGCAGGUCAACUACAACAAGUCCAUUUUAUAUGUUUCCCCCAACAUUAGCCGCCGGAAAGCUAGCCAGCUGAGUCGGAGGGCGGGUAUCCCUCUUAAAGCGGCUCUAGGGAGGUAUCUUGGGAUUCAGGCGAUUCAGGAGAGAGUGACAAAAGAGCGAUACCAAUCUAUCAUUCUCCGCAUCCAAAAGAGGAUGGCUCCUUGGAAAGCUAAGCGUCUCUCUUUUGCAGCCCGUCUCACUUUAACUCAGUCUGUUUCUGCUUCUUUGCCUGUUUACAACAUGCAGACGGAGCUCAUCCCCAUGGGAGUUUGCAAAUCUAUUGAUAAGCUCAAUAGAGAUUUUAUAUGGAGUGACGAGGAAGAGAAAGCGAAGAUGCAUCUGGUGUCGUGGGAGAAGAUGACAAUGCCGAAAAAGCAAGGGGGUGUGGGCAUCCGCUCCACUAGACAGGCCAAUCUGGCGAUGCUGGCCAAGUGCGGAUGGAGACUCCUUCAGGACAAGGACAGCAUCUGGACUCAGGUGAUGAAAGCAAAAUAUGGUCGCCAUCGUCAAGAGCUGGAUAUGAUUCGUCCAAUUCAGGGAAGUUCCUUUACUUGGGCAAGCAUUGCUAAAGUAGCUAGUCUACUUAAGAAAGGGUGUGCGUGGAAUAUUAAAAGUGGCAGGAAAACUCAUUUCUGGCUUGACUGUUGGGUUUCGCAGGUUCCUCUCCGGGAGCUGGCUGUCGACAACGUCCCGCCGGAACUGGAAGGAGUCAAGGUAGCGGAUAUGGUGGGUGAAGAUGGCUGCUGGAAGACAGAGCUCUUUGUGAACCUUCUGCCCGAGGAAGUGACCCAAAGGAUUCUGAGCGUGGCGGUGGACAGUGCUUCUGAUGAGGAAGAUCAAUUGUUUUGGACGGCCUCUUCAGAUGGGAGAUUCACCACCAAGUCAGCCUUCAGUCUCCUAAUUCAGCACCAACCGGACCAAGACGAGGGCAUUUGGAAGAUUAUUUGGAAGCUACCCACCCUGGAGCGAGUUCGAUGUUUCAUGUGGCAAGCUUUCCUUGAUAGGCUCGCUACUAAUGUUCUCCGCUACAGCAGGAGGGUGGCGGAUAGCCCUGACUGUGAGAGAUGCGCUGGUCAGCCGGAGUCCGUUCUGCACAUUCUCAGGGACUGCACCCCGGCCUUGUUUUUCUGGUCCCGUCACGUUCCUCUACACCAGCAAGCAUCCUUCUUCAGCUGCAAUCAGCGGGAGUGGCUUAGUAUGAACCUCAAGAGUGGUGAUUCUGUAGGAAAUGGUGUUGAAUGGCCGGGUUUCUUUAGCACUGCAGCGUGGCUCAUUUGGAAGAACCGUACGACGGCGUGCUUCAAGGGGAUCGGGGCGGCAAUGACACCGCCAACCUUGGAGUUCUCUAUCCUCACCAAAACUAAGCUCUGGUAUGAUUCUUGGAACUCUUCCGACCUUGGUUUGGACAGUAGGAGCAGGCCGGCGAGGCGCGUCCUAGCAGACAUUGGCUGGGGAGGACCGGAGAGCGGCUGGGUCACUAUGAAUAUUGAUGGUGCCUCGAACGGCAACCCGGGACCUGCAGGCGCGGGGGGACUCUUACGUGAUGGGACUGGGAAGUGGUUGAAAGGUUUUGUGGCUAGUUUGGGCACUGCCACAGCAGUGUUGGCGGAGCUAUGGGCGUUCAGCCAUGGUUUGGAUCUAGCAUGGAAGGAAGGUCACAGGGCAAUCAAAAUUGAAACUGACUCUCAGCUAGCCAUUCAGCUCAUUGAGAGAAGACACGAUCCGAUUCACCCUCAUGCUACCCUCUUGGCAGGUAUUCGAAAGAGGAUUAGUCGCGAGUGGUUGAUUCGCAUUGUUCAUACAUACAGGGAAGGGAAUAGAGCCGCGGACUGGCUCUCGAAGCACAGUCUCGUCUAUCCCUACGGUGUGUAUGAGCUUGCGGAACCACCUAACGGGCUAAAGCAAGUGCUCAGAGAUGAUAUGUUAGGAGCUACUUUUCAACGUCGCAUUGUAACUCCUCCUUCCUCCAUCCCCUAGUCUGCCUCUGUAACUCUUUCUCUUGCUCGGCUGCGGCCUCCUCUCAAUGCAAAAAAAAAAAAUUAACCUUCUUUCUACCAAAAAAAAAAAAAAAAACCUUCCCCUUCUUUAGCUGCAGCCUGCAAGUCGUCGUGACUCGUGAGCCUGUCCCAGGCAGGCAGCCAUAUUCAACUCUGUAAAUAACUUGCCCAAGAACUC